GCUGAUCGGGAUUUCUGAUCUCCACAUUACCUAUUAGACAGCUGGAGAGCCAGAAAAGCAAAUGAUUUGCUCAAGGUCACCCAGGAAGCCGGAUGUAGGGGCAGGAGGGGUGUGCCGGAAGUCAAGGCCUGUCGAGGAUAUGCUAGGAAGAGUUUGGAAAAGAGUUUAUGUCUUCUCUCUGUGUCUCCUGGGGCCCCUACUCUGGGGACGAUGAGGAGGCAUAUUCGGUCGAGCCGUUGCCAGAGCUCUGCUACAAGGCCGACGUCCAGGCCUUCAGUCGCGCCUUCCAACCCAGUGUCUCCCUGACGGUGGCUGCACUGGGUCUGGCCGGCAAUGGCCUGGUCCUGGCCACUCAUCUGGCAGCCCGACGUGCUGCCCGCUCGCCCACCUCCGCCCACCUGCUCCAACUGGCCCUGGCCGACCUUCUGCUGGCCCUGACACUGCCCUUUGCCGCAGCCGGGGCUCUGCAGGGCUGGAGUCUGGGAAGUGCCACCUGCCGUGCCAUCUCUGGCCUCUACUCGGCCUCCUUCCACGCUGGCUUCCUCUUCCUGGCCUGCAUCAGCGCCGACCGCUACGUGGCCAUUGCUCGGGCCCUCCCAGCUGGACCGAGGCCUUCGGCGUCGGGCCGUGCACACUUGGUCUCAGUCAUUGUGUGGCUGUUGUCACUGCUCCUGGCGUUACCCGCUCUCCUUUUCAGCCAGGAUGGGCACCGGGAAGGCCAGCGGCGCUGCCGUCUCAUCUUCCCCGAGGGCCUCACGCAGACGGUGAAAGGGGCGAGCGCCGUGGCGCAGGUGGUGCUGGGCUUCGCGCUGCCGCUGGGCGUCAUGGCUGCCUGCUAUGCGCUCCUGGGCCGCACGCUGCUGGCCACCAGGGGGCCCGAGCGCCGGCGCGCGCUGCGCGUCGUGGUGGCCCUAGUGGCGGCGUUCGUGGUGCUGCAGCUGCCCUACAGUCUCGCCCUGCUAUUGGAUACUGCCGACCUCCUGGCGGCCCGCGAGCGGAGCUGCCCCGCCAGCAAGCGCAAGGAUCUGGCACUGCUGGUGACCGGGGGGUUGGCCCUCGCCCGCUGCGGCCUCAACCCCGUGCUCUACGCCUUUUUGGGCCUGCGCUUCCGCCAGGACCUGCGGAGGCUGCUAAGGGGUGGGGGCUGCAGUCCAGGGCCUCACCCCGGCGGCGGCCGUUGCCCCCGCCGGCCCCGCCUUUCUUCCUGCUCGGCUCCCACUGAGACCAACAGUGUCUCCUCCUGGGACUACUAGGGCUUCGAAUCAAGAGGACGGGGCGGCCCGAUAGUGGGAAGGGGGAGUCGAUGGGGGGCACUGAGAAAGAGGUAGGGACCCAAGGAAUUGCUUCUGUACUUUGGCACAUUAAAUAGACAGCAUGGAAAUGAGAU